AUGCGGGAUCAGGUUUUACCUAUUCUUAUCCCUGAUUCUGCAAGUGAACAGGUCUUUUGGAGCAUUUUGGAGCAUAUGGGACGUGAGGAGCAAGGAAGGACUUGGUGCAUGGACGCAGCUCAACUGGAUACGCAAAGGAAGAAGGAGGAAGCCAUCUUGAAGACCAGCUCGACCACUACUCGACCAACCGGUCGAGUUCCUCAACUCGACCGGCCAAGCUUCAACUCGAUCGAGCUGAGAAGUCAACAGUCAAACCCGAAAAAUGUUGCUUCCCCCUUGACUUUCCUUUGA